AUGCGCUUCGACUUGACCAAUCUGCUGGUCAAGUCACAUCGACGUGCAGAGCUAGUGCCCAAGAAGAAUUGCAUUCUAAUGAAACUCCACAACCCCAAGGCCACUGCAAUGCUCUUCGCCAACGGCAAGCUGGUCUGCACGGGUGCUGAGACGGAGGACGCCAUCAAGAACGCGGCCCGCAGGUUUACACAGGUUAUCCAGAAGAUGGAUUUCCCAGGAGUGAACCUUAUCGACUUUAAGAUCCAGAACGUGGUGGGAACGUGUGAUAUGGGCUUUCGAGUGUUGGUGGAGGCCCUCGCCUUCGCUCACAGUGACCGCUGCACGUACGAGCCAGAGCUGUAUCCGGCGUUGAUCUACCGCUUAGAGAAGCCACAAGUGAAAGUCCUGGUGUUUGUGAGCGGUAAAGUGGUCUUUACGGACUCGAAGGAACCGCGAGAGUUAUAUUCUGCCUGCGAAGCUAUCUUCCCGGUAUGUUGUUACGUAGUUUUGUAA